AUGUUCUGGGCCCUGUUUGUCGUCGGCCACGACUGCGGCCACCAGAGCUUCAGCACAAACAAGCAGCUGAAUGACGUGGUCGGCCUGAUUGUGCACUCCUCCAUUGGCGUCCCCUACCAUGGCUGGCGCAUCUCGCACCGGACCCACCACAACAACCAUGGCCAUGUGGAGAACGACGAGUCGUGGUACCCUCCCUCGGAGACGGUGUUCGACUCCCUGAGCUUCACAGGGAAGCUGGGCCGAUUUGUGUUCCCCAUCUCCCUGCUGGCGUACCCCUUUUACCUCCUCGCCCGGUCCCCGGGAAAAGAGGGCUCGCACUACAGCCCCGAGACCGACCUUUUCACCCCUCGUGAAGCCCCAAUGAUUCGCACCUCUAAUGCGGUCCAGCUGGCGUUUGUCGGCGUGCUGGGCGCCUGCACCUGGGCACUGGGCCUGCCCGCCAUGAUCAAGCUCUACUUCCUGCCCUACAUUGUCUCCGUCAUGUGGCUGGACCUCGUGACUUACCUCCACCACCACGGCCCCUCAAACCCCGAGGAGGAGAUGCCCUGGUACCGUGGCGAGGAGUGGAGCUACAUGCGCGGCGGCCUGUCCACCAUCGACCGCGACUACGGCAUCUUCAACAAGAUCCACCAUGACAUUGGGACGCACGUUGUGCACCACCUCUUCCCCCAGAUCCCGCACUACAACCUGGUCACGGCCACCGAGGCGGUGAAGCCGGUUCUGGGGCAGUACUACCGCAAGGUGGAGCCCUCCCCCGGCCCGCUGCCGGUGCACCUGCUGGAGCCGCUGCUGCGCUCCAUGAGCAAGGACCACUACGUCGACGACAGCGGCGACAUCGUCUUCUACAAGACCUCCGAGGAGCUGCAGCACCCGCUGCGCACGCUGUGGCGCAAGCUGACGGGCGGCCGCCGCUCCGUCGCCUGA